GGCCCCCCAGUGUUAGAUCAUAUUCUGAAAAGUGGGAGCUAUGGCUGUGUUACUACUAGAGGAUUGGUGCAAAGGGAUGGACCUGGACCCCAGGAAAGCCCUGCUGAUUGUGGGGGUCCCGGUGGAGUGUAGCGAGGCUGAAAUCAAAGAGACAGUGAAGGCAGGCUUGCACCCCCUUUGCACCUACAGGGUGCUGGGCAGGAUAUUCAGGAGGGAAGACAACGCUAAGGCGGUCUUCAUCGAAUUGGCCGACACGGUCAAUUACGCGACCAUGCCCAAUCAGAUACCGGGCAAGGGAGGCCCCUGGGAAGUGGUAGUGAAGCCCCGUAACCCAGAUGACGAGUUUAUCAAUAGGCUAAACUACUUCCUGAAAGAUGAGGGCCGCAGGAUGGCAGACGUGGCCAUCACCCUGGGCUUCGGCGCGCUGGGGGAGGGCGGAGCCUGGGGGCUUGGGCCUGCUCGGGCCCUGGCGCUGCCGCUGCUGAAGGAGAGCAUGUGGUACCGGAAACUGAAAGUGUUUUCGGGAAAUGCUGAGCCGGCGUCAGAGGACGAGAACUUUGAGGUGUGGCUAGAGCAGGUCACCGAGAUAAUGGCGCUGUGGCAAGUGUCUGAGGCCGAGAAGAGGCGGCGUCUGCUGGAGAGCCUGCGCGGCCCGGCCCUGGCCAUCAUGCGCGUGCUCCGGGCCAACGACGCAGCCCUCACCACAGAGCAGUGCCUGGACGCCCUCAAGCAGAUCUUCGGGAGCAAGGAGGACUGCAGAACCUCGCAGUUUAAGUUUCUCCAGACCUUCCCCAAGGCUGGAGAGAAAAAUUCGGCUUUCCUGCUCCGGCUGGAGCCCCUGCUGCAAAAGGCUGUCAGAAGCAGCGACACCAUCCGCCUGAAACACAUGCUGGCUCGUGCCGCCCCGACCCCCACGCUCAGGGGCAAGCUCGAGCUGCUGGAUCAGAGAGAGUGUCCCCCCACUUUCCUGGAGUUAAUGAAGCUCGUUCGCGAUAAGGAGGAGUGGGAGACCACCAUGGCGGUGACGAGGGAGAAGCAGCGGCAGGUGGGCAGGGCCCGCAGGGCCUCUGACAGACAGGCCAGGGCGGAGAGCAGCGGCCCGCCCCCGCAGGCGGUCGUGCAGGAGGGGCUGUUCCAGGACAGCAGCACCCAGACCAUCCAGAGAGGGUUGAGGCUGUCGCUCAAGCGCAGGCAGCCGUCCUGCUCCCACAGCAGCGGGGAGGCCGACCAGGGCCAGGCGGUGUGCCCCGGGGCGGAGCGCCCACCUCCGGCCAAGCAGAUGCCUCAGCCUGCAGUAGAGCAGUCGGGAAACGAGUUGGGGGCUGGGGCCAUGAGCCACCCCGAGCCCUAGAAAGCACAGGCUCACAACACUCAGAAACCCCUUCUCCCAGUGGGUUGCUGAGAGAGAUUAAGGAGGAGAGGGCGCAGUCCCCACCGACAGCAGGGGACUG